GAGGAUAAAAGAAAGGGCAGGUAAAAAAAAUUAAAAAAAAAAAAACAAAAAGGAAAAGGGGAGAAGGAAGACGAGAGAAGCGAAAGAGGAGCGCGGAGGAAUUAAAAAAAAAAGAGGAUUAAAGAGGAAAACAGAAGGGGAACGGAGGGAAAAGCGAGAGAAAAAAAGAAGGAAGAAGAAAGAAAAAGAAGGAAAAGGGAAUAAAGGAGGCAAGAAGAAGGAAAAAAAAACAGGAAAAAAGGGGUUUCCAGAGGGCCCAAGACCCCAGCUGUGGCAGGAUUUAGGGGCUCAGAAGAUUCCUGGCUGAGGUUUGGGAUGCGGCUGCUCCUGGACAGAGCCGGAGCAUUCCUAGGAGCCUGAUCAGAGCCGGAGCAGCGCCGGAGGGUCCCAUGGAGCAGGAGGGGACCCCCCAGCCCCCGCAGGAGGGUGUGGGUGGGGACAGAAUUCCCAGUGCUGGGGAUGGAAUUCCCGAUGUUGGGGACAGAAUUCCCGGUGCUGGGGAUGGAAUUCCCGAUGUUGGGGACGGAAAUCCCGAUGUUGGGGAUGUGAUUCCCGAUACUGGGGAUGCAAUUCCCAAUGUUGGGGAUGCAAUUCCCGAUGCUGGGGACGGAAUUCCCGAUAUUGUUGACAGAAUUCCGGGUGCUGGGGAUGCAAUUCCCGAUGCCGGGGACGGAAUCCCCAGUAUUGGGAUCAUAAUCCCCGGUGCUGGGGGCACAAUUCCCAGUGCUGGGGACGGAACCCCCCGUCUUGGUGACGGAAUUCCCGAUGUUUGGGACGCGAUUCCCGGUAUUGAGGGCAUGAUUCCCGGUGUUGGGGACAGAAUUCUCGGUACUGGUGACGGAAUUCCUGGUACUGGUGACAGAAUUCCCGGUGUUGGGGACACAAUUCCCGGUACUGGUGACAGAAUUCCCGGUGUUGGGGACGCAAUUCCCAGCGCUGGUGACGCAAUUCCUGGCACUGGUGACGGAAUUCCUGGUGCAGGGGACAGAAGCCCCGGUACUGGCCGGGAGAGCCCUGCCCCGGCUGGGGAAGGUGUUGGGGGUCGAUCCGGGCAGCGGGAAGGGGCGUCCGGCCCCGAGGCACCCCCGGGAAACUCCCCCGAGGAGCAGCCCCUGCAGGAGGAGGGGUCCCCGGCGGCUGCUGCCCCCCAGCCCGUCCCGGGAGCCGCGGCCGAGCCCCCCUGGGCCCAGCCCCCUGCCCGGGCCGAGGAUUUUUACUGCGUGAAGUGGAUCCGCUGGAAAGGGGAGCGGACGCCCAUGGUGACCCAGAGCGAGAACGGGCCCUGCCCGCUCCUGGCCAUCAUCAACAUCCUCCUCCUGCAGUGGAAGGUGAAGCUGCCCCCGCAGAAGGAGGUGAUCACGGCUGAGGAGCUGAUGGCACACUUGGGGAAUUGCAUCCUGGCCACCCAACCCCGGGACACCUCGGAGGGGCUGCAGCUGAACUUCCAGCAGAACAUCAGUGACACCAUGAUGGUCCUGCCAAAGCUAUCGACGGGGCUGGAUGUCAACGUGAGGUUCACAGGGGUCUCAGAUUUCGAGUACACCCCCGAGUGCAUCGUCUUCGACCUCCUCAACAUCCCACUCUACCAUGGCUGGCUGGUGGACCCCCAGAGCCCAGAGCAGGUCCAGGCGGUGGGCAAGCUCAGCUACAACCAGCUGGUGGAGAAGAUCAUCACCUGCAAACAUGCCAGCGACUCCGGCCUGGUGAGCGAAGGGCUGGUGGCCGAGCACUUCCUGGAGUCCACAGCGUCGCAGCUGACGUUCCACGGGCUAUGCGAGCUCACGGCCCAUGCCCGUGAGGGCGAGCUCGGCGUCUUCUUCCGCAACAACCACUUCAGCACCAUGACCAAGCACAAGGGCCACCUUUACCUGCUGGUGACGGACCAGGGCUUCCUACACGAGGAGCGGGUGGUGUGGGAGAGCCUGCACAGCGUGGACGGGGACAGCUGCUUCUGUGACGCCGAGUUCCACCUCAGCCACCCACUGGGCAAGGAGGGGGCCACCGUGGCCCCCCCGGACCACCGGCUGCAGCAGAGACAAGUGGACCAGGAUUACAUGGUGGCCCUGUCCCUGCAGCAGGGGCUGGACACCCCCUCCGUGCUCAGCGACCUGGAGCUGGCACGGCAGCUGCAGCACGAGGAGUACCAGCAGCACCAUCCUCAUCCUCAUCCUGCUCCUCCUCAGCUGCUCCCAGCAGAGGUGGGCGGGCGUCCGGCUGGAGAGCGGCGGCAGCGGCAGAGGCCGGAUUUGGACUGCACCCUCCUGUAGCACCUCGUGCCCAUGGGGUCCCCACACCCGCAGCCCCCCCAGGUCCCCACUCUGCAUCCCCAAGGGAGAUCCUUGGGGGUCUCUGUGGGCUGGAAUGGACACACGGAUGAGGGGUGACCAUCUGAGGCCACCGUCAGGACCACCCCAAACUUCCCAGUGGCCUUAACACAGGGGGGUCCCACUCAGGGGGAACCCCCUCAUGGGGGUUCCCACACCUCAGUCCAUGCUCUGAGACACGGGUGGACGUGCCGACAGGGGGACAUGGGCACCCCCCUGUUCAAAAUGUGGCCUUAGCCCUUGGCAAGUAAAGGACUUGUCCCCCUGCA